GUGAUAAGCGGGUAACCAAUAUCACAAAGUAUAAAAAAUGGUCACAGAAAAUCAAUUUUAAUGUUAGAUACAAUAAAUAUAUAAGUCUAAUUUGCAUUCACAGUGAUUGGUAAUAAUAGUCAACGUCGUUUUGUUAUUGUUGUUGUUGUUGUUGUUGUUGCUGCUGUACACAUAGUUUAAUUGUGAUAUAUUUCAUUAUUCAUAUGCAACGACGAAUAGAUGAAUAUAUUGGAAUAUCUAUCUAUGUGUAAUAUAACAGUAUAAUCUAUUAUUCCUUCCUAUAUUAUAUCCAUUGAAACUUAUUAUAAUCCUUGAUUACAUAAUAAAUAGAUCAAUUGCUUAUGAAUAAGAAUGCUUCCAUUACUUGAAGAGAUCAAUUUAAAUUGUCAAUUAUCAAAUGAAUUAUGUCUAUUUAAACAAUACGAUGAUAUUCAAUGGUCAGUAGAUGAAAAAGAAGAAAUAAGUGAAACAAAUGAAAUAAUAAACAAUGUGGCUAGUAGUGGAAUCCAGGACGCGCGACACUUCGUCCUAUUUAGGACUCAUCAGCUGGAUGCACCCGCAUCCCGGAGUUGAUGUUCACUCCGGGACUCGGACCAAGUACCGUUCGCUUCAAACACCAUCGCGUUAUCCACUUAGCUACUAAAAUAUUUGUACUCUUCGAUAUAACUGAUUGGUAUACUAACGAAAGGAAAUAAUAAUAGUAAAGAUAAUAACUACACUUGUCACAAUCAAGGGAAUAGAGACAAUGUACGGAUGUCUUUUAUCAACAUUGACUGAGAUUUCCUAUCUCAAACUGAAAACACUACACAACAUGAUGAUUUGAAUAAACCAAAUGAUUAUAUGAAUGAAAUAUUCACAGAUAUACCGGAUGAUUUAGCUUGGCAAUCCACUUCACCAUGUUCAUCUGAAUCCAUUGAUUCAUUUUCAUGUAGUCGUAAUGAUUUAAGAAAUGAUGUAGAAGAUCAUUUAUUAUCAAAUCAAAAAUCAUUAUCUUCAGAUAAAUCAAUUGAAUGUAUGAAUAUAGAUAACAAUAUGUCAACAAUGAAUAUUUUAAGUAUAUCAAAUCAUUUUGAAAAUACAUUAGAUCCAUCAUUGUUUUAUGCAAUGGAUUAUACAAUGACACAUAAUUAUUGUUUAAAUGAAUAUGAUAAUCAUCAUAGAAAUGAUGAAGAAUUAUUCAAUAAUAUAAAGGAACAAACAAAGAUCACUUCAAAUGAUCUUAAUGAAGAUGAGUCUCAAUUGGAAAGUACAGAUAUAGCUUGGAUGGAUACAUUAGAUGUUUCUAUUAAUUCAUUAAAAUCUACAUCAGAAGAAAUCAAUAAAUUUGAUUAUUCAAUAUCAUCACCAUCAUCAUCUCCAUCCUCAACACCAUCAUCGUCGUCAUCAUCACCAUCAUUAUCCUCAACACCAUCAUCGUCAUCAUCACCAUCAUUAUCCUCAACACCAUCAUCGUCAUCAUCACCAUCAUCAUCCUCAACACCAUCAUCAUCAUUAUUUCAACAUAAUUAUGAUCGGAAUAAUAAACGUUUACAAUUGAAUCAGAAUUCAAUAUUCAAUGAUAAUGAGAUCAUUUCGAAUGAAGAAGAACACGUUGAACAUAAACUCCCAUAUAAUAAUGAAAAGAAUAAUGAUGAAUAUAAUUCAGAUAGUACAUUAACAUGUUCCGAAGCUGAAUAUUAUAAUAAUUUAAUACGUCAAAAACGUUUAAGAAAAUAUCGAACUAAUAAACGAAAAUUUAAGCAUAGAUCUUUAAUUUCAAAUGAUCAAGAUGGAUCCUAUUCACCAUCAUCAUCAUCUUCUUCUUCUUCUUAUAAUGAUGAUGAUGAUGAGGAGGAGGAGGAGGAAGAGGAAGAGGAGAAGGAGAAGGAGAAAGAAUAUGAAAAGAUAAUAGAUAAUCAAUGUAAAAAGUUUACUUAUCAUUCAAUUACUACUAAUUUACAUCAUCGAAAAAAACCUCCUUCACCAGAGCAUUAUAUACAAUCAUCAAAUGAAAGAAAUGAAUAUGAAUCAUGGUGGCCUAAUCCUAUUACACGACGUAUGCAUAAAGAUUUUCGUUCAACACUUUGGUUAUCUAAUGAAUUAUUAGAUUCCAAUGAUAAAGAGAUACAACAACAAUUUACCACUUCAAUGAAUAAAAUAAAAUCAAGAAAACAUCGUAAAUUUGCCCAUUCACAUUCACAUAAUAAUCAUGAUCGAUAUAAAAAUAAACAAAUGGAAUUAUGGCAAUUUAUAUUAUACAGUUUAGAGAUUAGUAAAGAUAGUGCAUUUCAAUGGGUUAAUAAAUCAACUGGAUUAUUUCGUAUUGUAAAUACACAAUUAGCAGCAAAAGAAUGGGGUUAUUAUCGUAAUAAUAAAUUAAUGGAUUAUGAAAAAAUGGCAAGAGCUAUAAGGUAAAUGAAGAUUAUAAUUUAUAAUUAUAAUAAACUUAUUUAUAUUCGAAGCACUGGAUGACUGUUUCAUCCUAUUGUGGGACUCCUCCUUAUCAGUGUGCAUUCAUGAUCCUGACUUGGCAGAUUCGAGCCCAGGACUAGAACGGUUAACCUCUAGACCACUGAGCCGACCGGCAUUCAACGAUUUUAAUGUCUAACUUCAACUAAUCCAUGAAAUUGAACAACAUAUCCGCCAUUGUCUUCAGUGAGUUACUAUCUCACAAUGAGACGAAACGGCCGUUCAGUGCUUUCAGGUUUUCAAUGGUGGUCUAACAUCAAUCGGUUCAAGAUCUCAAUCAAUAAUUUAAUAAUCUCCACAAUCCUAUACUCUUUAAUUGUAUUCAUUUAUACUCAACUUACUGUUUUGUUCUAAUGGUUUGUUGAUUAUAAUCCGACUAAAUCAUCAAUUGGAACACUGAUUUAUUUGACCUUGGUACUGUGCCAAACCACGACUCGAGCACAACCCACCGCAGCAUCUCAAUCAAGUCAUCUAGACCGGACUAGGCUGUGGCCGGACUAUUAGGACGGAGCCUUUGACCAGCAACCCGCGUUGAUAUGCGGGUAUACACGCCGGCAGGCACUCGCCCAAUCCACGACUCAAUGUGCGCCGUGAUAGAUGAAACCACCAAACCACCUGCUUCGGUUUGGGCACCCGGGAAGUAUCCCAGCCCUCACACAAGUCGAAUGAUUUGUGUGGCGCAUAUCUACUUGGUGCCUCCUUGUACUAAUGUUUAUAUGUUUAAAUAAAUAAAUAAAUAAAUAAAAUACUGUGCCAAACCAAUGAUACGUUAACCAGUACGAACAGCCUAGAGUUACUAGUUCUUUUCACCUAAUCCAGCCGGUUCAGUCCAGAAUGCCAAUGUCAGCUUCCACUGUAUGAAUCAUGUAUUUCAGACAUAUACAGUUUAUAUACAAACAAACGAGACCGUAUCAUACUAUAAAAUAGAAAAUAACAAUUACAUAAGAAGGGGUUUUGUGGAUAUUAUAGUAAUAUCAAUAAUUGAAUUUAUGAGUCGACCCAAGCUAGAUCACCAUAGAAAAUAUGAAAGCAAUGGACGUUCGUUUCGUCCUAGUGUGGGACUCCUCAGCAGUUCGCAUCUACGAUCCCGGAUGCCGGACUCGAACCCAGGCCAAUGGAGUUCAUCCAUGUCUAUUGUAGAGACAGUUACUCAUUGAAAACAAUGGUAGAUGGUUGAGCAAUACCAUGGAUUGGUUGAAGUUAGACACUAACACCGUUAGAUGCCGGCCGGCUUAGUGGUCUAGAGGUUAAGCGUUCGCUCUCGAGACUAACAGGUCUUGAGUUCGAGGUGGGAUCGUGGAUGUGAAAUAAUGAGAAGUUUCACGACAGGACAAAAUCGCCAUAAAGUGCUUCCAGGUUUCGAAUGAUGGCCUAGUUUAAGUCGAUUCAUGAAUUCAACUAUUGAAAUUACUACGAUCUCCACAAACACUCAUUUCAGAAAUACAUUACCGCCGUUCUAGAAACUAUGGUAGAACUUAAAAACAUUCCAUCAAAUAUAAAGCAAGUUAAACUGAUUGAAAAUUAACUAACGGUUAGAGAGAAAAAACGGCGGGAAACGAUCAUUUUUGAAUAAAGAACAAAAUAUUUUAUGACUUAAAAUGGUCUCUUCAAUUCAGAAACAAAAAUUAAUGCUGGCAAGACUAUAAUUAAUGAACUAACCAAUCAGAUUUAAGAUAGCAGGUCUUGAAUUUUGGCUUGAAAUUCAUUCAUCCAUUUGUCUAAAUAGCAUGUUCGUAUUUUAGCUGAUAUCAGUUUAUGACGAAAACAUUAAAUCUAAUUCCUAAUCCUGACGUCCAACUGUAAAUCCUAAUCCUAAUUCCUCGUACUAAUCUCUAAUCUUCAUUUGACCCUAGUAAGUAGGUGAACAUUCUCAAGGUCACUUUAGCGUCUCUCAAAGGUCAUCCAUAAAUUACAGUCUCAUCGGUUAAAAUGUAUCUCAAGAAGAAUGAAUAAAUUAGUCUCUAUAGAAGAUACAAUAAUCCAUGUAGGCUUCACAUGGAUACUAGACACUACAAUAAUAAUGUAGGUCCAAUAUUAAAAUCACGAGCCAUGUGAAGCUAGACCACCAUGGAAAACCUGGAAGCACUGAACGGCCGUUCCAUUCUAUUGUAGGACUCCUCAACAGUGCGCAUCCACAAUCCCGCCCCCCUGUGAGAUUCGAACCCUCAGUGGUCUAAUGGUUAAGCGCUCGCGCGCGCAAGACUGAUAGGUCCUCGGUUUGGAUCCCACAAGGCGAGAUCGUAGAUGCACACUGCUGAGGAGUCCCACAAUGAACUCAUGAUCUCAACUAUUGAAAUCCCUAUAAUAUCCACAAAACCCCGACUGAUAAUAAUGUAACUCAUUUGAUUUCUAUUCAUUCAUAGAAUAAUUAAACAUUAAAUCAUAUUUCAC